AAUUGAAAUUCCGCGAGUAUAUUACCUGUAAACAUUGUAUAUGGACUGCCGCUCAAAUUAAGCAGCAUAUAUAUCUAAGAAAAUCAGAAGAAGAUGGAUAAGUCAUAGCGGACAAGAUGUUCCCGUUCUUUUCUUUUUAUCCACUUUUUGCUAUUUCUUUAGGUUUAUGAUCUUCACCGCCUGUACUACACACAAAAGGACAUGAUGAAGGAUCUGAGCUGGAAAGAGUUGGAUGGGGCUUAUUUUAGCGGAGGAGGCCGACAAGGAAAUCCAGUUACAUUUGGAAAUUUCAUCAAUCCUUCAUCUAUGUUUGUUAAUCAGAAGAGAGUUUGCAGCAUCCCUAAGGAGUUCAACUGGUCAAGAGAACAGCAAGGAACGUUUCCAGCUUUCCAGCAACGGCUUUCAAAUCCUCAAAUUUAUUCCCCUCAUUAUCUUGAUCAUAUUGAUAGGGGGAACUUGAAUAAGAGACAUGGUUGCUGCAAUAAUCUAGAGAACUCAAGCGAGAAAAACCAUUAUUACCAUGGUGGUGUGGCACACCAUCCUGGGGAGGUUAAUCUCUCAUUGAACAUUGGAAGGAACAAUCUGAAAACAAGUGCCAGAACAAAGACCUUUGAUCAUAUUAUUGACUUGGAAGAAUCAGAUGAAACUCUACCUGAUACUAAAACAGGUGGCCGAACAAAGACUUGGAAUAAUUUUAUCGAUUUAGAGGAAUCAAACCAAACAGUGUCUAAUGCAGAACUAAAGCCCCAGUCACCUCUGGGUUCUGCUCGUCUUUCUUAUUCUGGAUACAAACGUGAUUACCAAUGCACCCACGCUUACACAAAUCACACUAAGGAUAAUUGGUUUGAUGGGACUCCAAGAAAUCAUUUUGUUCCAGAUGGCAGCACGAGUUGUUUGGAGCAGAACCCUUUAGCUGAAGGAGUUGAACAAUGUGAGCGGUCCCUCCUUCCUAGAGAUAUAUCAGCAAAGGGCAAAGUUCUGUUUUCUGAUGAAAGAGCUUUUCUAGACCUUAACAAAUCCAUAUUUGAUGAUUCUUUUCACUCAGAUGAUCCUAGCUUGGCAUGUUCGUCAAGUAGGGCUUCCUCAAGGGAGUCACACGAAAUCCUUAAUUUUGUGACUGGCAGCAGCCACGGCUAUAAAAUAAUGGAAAACGUUGGAGUUGAACAGUUCGAGAUAAACCUCAAUCAGCCACUUUCAAACAGUAGCGGAAGUCCUUGCAGGCUCAGUAGGAAUUCCGAAUACGAAAAAGCUGACUUGACUGUCAAAUUUCUAGAUAGCGUUGAUCAAGUUCCAAGCACACCAGAAAACAAAAGCAAGAAAGCCAAGCAAGAUCCGAUGUAUUCUCCUGAAUAUAAGACUCAAGAUUUUGUAAAGGAUAGUGGUCCUGACAAAUCUCUUUCGUCAGGCAAAUCUUCUUGUUUUGAGGACAUCUCAAGUGGCAUAGAGACCAUGCAAUCUGGAACUCAAAAACUUGAAACGCUUCAAGCAAACAAAUUUCCAUGCCAGCUGGAGGAUGUUGACUCUUCUGGUAAUGAUAACCAGAUGGGAGAAACAUCAGAAGUUGAUGGUCAGAUCAUAAGAGGAGCAGUGUCCCUUGUCUAUUUUGCAUUGGAAUGUUCCGAACCAAGCGUUGCUAUUAGUAUGAUGAACAAGAUUGAAGGUGAAACUACGGAAAAGCCACAGUGUUCUUCAGACACUUUUGAAGAAAUGGUGCUCAAACAACCUGAAAGCUCCAUCGACGACUGUUGUGUGACCUCAAAUGCAUUUGAAUUUAAUGCCACAGAGAGAAAGGACAACGGAAUAACACUGAAGAGAGGAAGGAGAAUGAAAGAUUUUCAGAGGGAUAUUAUGCCAAGUUUAGCGACACUUUCUAGGCAUGAGAUUUGUGAGGAUGUAAAGAUUAUGGAGACAGCACUUAGAUCAAGAGAAUACAAGAAACUUAGGUCCAAAAUGACUGGUGAACACAAGUGGUUCAAUCCUGUGAGAAAUAGGAGGUUUAGACUCAAUUGUGUAGGCCGCAAGUAUUAUUUAUGAACUAUUGAUUUGAUCAUUGAUAGGAGGAAAUAGUGACCAAUUUAGCAAAGAAAGAUAGGAUGAAAGAGCUGUUAUGAAACUUGUGACACUUGACCGUGAUACAAUUUGUUGACAUCAAUGUUAAAGAGUUCAAUUCAGGAUCAUACUUAAUUAGCUUUGU